AUUGCAUUUGCUGUGUAUACAAUUUUUUUAAAUUAUUAGACGUUUAAUGUUUAAGAAAUAUAUCUUCUGUGAAGUUUAGUUAACAUUUGUGAAGUAAUAUUUCAUAACUUUUGUUGCAAAAAAAUGUUUGACAAUCUAUUUAUCUGGAAUUGGCAUAUGGAUUUUGUAGGUCAAAAACAUGCAGAAUAUUUAUUCAGAACCAUUAUAACUUUAUGUGGAGUUGUUGGAUUUGUUUUAGGAUAUAUCAAAGAACAAUUUUCAAUUACAAUUGGUUUGACAUUAUUAGGAUUUUUAGUAUCUGCUAUAUUAACCAUACCUCCAUGGCCCUUUUAUGCUCUUCAUCCACUUAAAUGGCAAAAAGUUAAAAAAACAGUAAAAAAAAAUGAUACUAAUGAAAACAAAGAAGAAAAAGACAAAAAAAAAAGAAAGAAAAGUAAUUAAUUGUAUAUUUGUUUUAUACUGUUUUCCUAUCAUAUGUUUAUAAAUUAUAUAUUGUUUGGAUUAAUAAACUUAAAUUGCCGUAACAA